AUGGCCGAAUUAUUUGGACUCGUGGUCAAUAUUGCUACUGCGAUCGACCUCGCGGGGAAAUUAGCAAAUUUAGGAUAUGACUAUAUAGACGGGGCGAUGAAUGCAUCGAACCAUACUGAAAGACUAGUUGAAGAGCUCAACUCACUUGUUCACGUUCUACAGUCUCUUCAAACUGGGUUUAAAUUUAGAACUCGAUCACGCGCUUCUAUCCAAAGGAAUAGAAAAGCAUGUGAAGGAAAUCGAAAGGAUGCUAAGGAUACGAAAGACCUUGUCCGGGUCCAGACGGCAGCACUGGAUUCAUUUAUGUCCAAGAUGGAAAGUGAUCAACUCACAAAACAACGAAAUGAAAUUCUCCAGUGGCUCUACCCCGAAGACCCUCGUUUAAAGCACAUUGAGAUUAGCGGUCAAAGGCACGCCGGAACUGGGGAAUGGCUUUUUGAAAAACCCGAAUUCAAGAACUGGAUUAAAGAGUAA